AUGGAGAAUUGCGCUAAAGAACCAGAAUCACCGACAAAGCUUUCAAAAUCUGUAAGCCAAAAUGGGAAUGAGCAAGUUUCAUCGCUCCUGCAGAUGAUAAAUUACUGCAAGAUGGCGGAUCAGUGCCAGCAUGAUUUCGUGCCAAUCUGUGCCCAGGACUCCUUGGGUAUCACCAGAAUGUUCAACGACAACUGUGACCUCUUUGAAUACAAUUGUGAUGAGAAAAAGCAAUACCGGCACGUGAAGUUGAGUAUAUGUAAAUAUGAGCCCAUUGGUGCACCGCCAUCGUUUACGUAG